UGUAGUGAUUUCAGCUAUUUCGCCAUUAUUUGUUGUUCAUCAUGAAUCUGGUGAAUCAACUGAAAAGUCGCUAUCUGCUUUUUAGUUGUACUUAAGCCCAGUCUGUUCGAAAAGGCUCACUUUUUUAAACUAAAACUCUUGGAUUCGUUAUUCAGACACUCCUCAUCUACCAUAGCAUUUAUCUUAAAACAAUGCAGAGUAAUAUUUUCGUUACCUAUCCGAUUUCUAUGUCAAACUACCCGUGCAAUGCAUCAGCAUCAACAUCGCUAUGAAAUUGGCCAAAAGCUUUUGUGUUUCGAGCCUGACAGUUCUAAGGCCAAGCUAAUUUACUUUGCCAAGAUAUUAAAACAGGUCCCUGAAGGACCUACAGAUAUUCCACACUAUACUGUCCAUUUCCAUGGUUGGAAGUGCAAAUGGGAUCGCGAAGUUGGAGAAGAUUUACUCCUUGAAAAUAAUGAGUUUAACAGAAUGCUAAAAAGGAAGAUUGACGAAGUUGCUCAAAAUGUGCGUGGAAGAAUUCGGCGUAAACAACGCAUUGAUAUGAUUCUAGAAACUGCAGCGCUAAGUGGUGAUGAUAUCAACUGGGAUAAAGUUCCAGGUAUUUGGAAAGGAAAUAAAUUGCGUAGAUCUUGUCAUAGGUCUGUGUCAAGUGAAAGUAAUAAAGAUAAAACACUUCCCAACUCGCCGACAUUAGGAGAAAACAUUCCAGUUUUGGAUGAAUUCUUCUCAUCAGUGUUAGGUCAAGAAGAGUCAACACAACUGCAGUUCGAACAACUUCAGGUACACAAACCUUAUAUGGUAUCUUUAGAUUUUCCACAAAAUCUUCGAAGCAUACUACAGUCUCACACAGAUGCUAGUGAUUUGGGAAUGAAUGUGUCCAAGAUGUUCCAUUAUUGGUGCUCUGUUCUUCAACUUCUCCAGAAAUAUGUCGAUGGAUUUCCGUAUACUGGACUUAAUAUAACAACACUGCUUGGUUGUUGUAGUUCUUCAAAUGAAACUGUUUCAGAUCGUGUUUCACGUAUUAUGAAUCCGUUAUUUACUCAAACUGAUCAAAAUCGAUUAAUUUGUGCAGAAGUUUGUUCCAGCCUGCGUAUACUAUUUGAUUUCACUCUAAGAGAUUACCUCCUACUGCCUAGUGAGAAGUCAAGAUCAACUAACAACGUUCAGUUGUAUCAAAGUGGUAUGGCGUUCGGUGUAAAUUUUCCACACGGUCCAAAUGAUAUUCAAUCUAUUUAUCGGUUCGCUUCACCUCGAUAUGAAUUACUGCCAAAUUCUGAGGCAGUGAAAAAUCCAAAACUGCCUUGUUUAAACUAUCCACCGCAUUUCCUUUUACGAUUAUUCACUAUUCUUCCAACACUUCUGGAUGGGAUGCAGUUAACACUUUGUCGACGAGCUAUAAUUCAUCGACAUUUAUACAUGUUUAUGCAUUAUGUAGAUAAAACUUCUAAAUUCUGGUUUGGAAAAAUUUGGUUAACUGAUAUGGAUAUAAGUCCAGUCCCACUGAAAAUGGAACAACCAUCUAUUCAGACUACAGCUUCUGAAUCUUCAGGUGAUACAGAACCGUUAACUCUUAGUAAUAAUAAUAAUAAUAAUAAUAAAUCACUAAGGCGAACAACACGAAAUGCUCCAAAAUCUCAUCUAUGCUGUAAAUGUGAACUAUCCGAAUCAUUGAUGCGAACAAAAACUUCCCAUGUCAAUGUAUCACCUACUAUCACAUUGAAUACUCAAUCGUUAAGUGUCAGUAUAAAUAUACCACAGAUAUCAAAAGAAACGACUCUCGGAUCACCGACAAGAUCAACGCUGACAACAAUUUCAGGGAUGACUAUAAAAGAAGUAUCAGCGUCAACACCAGUGACCAGUACAUCUAUACCAACUAAAGGUACAGUAAAUAGUCGUCAUAAUAAAAGUGUUCGUGUUACCCGUUCAAAAGGUGUACGAAGUGAAAGGCGGUCUAAUUCUAUGUCUGAUGCACAUUCGUAUUUAUUAAGAGGAAACUCCUUGAAUAUGCUGCGUUAUGCUUGCAUAAACAAUUUAUCGAUUGGUAAACGCCUAUUUCUACCUCAUGAAUACCAUCUUACAACAUUAUCAUCAUCAAGUUCAGUUAAAGUAGAAAAAGAAGUGAAUUCACUUGAUAUUGAUCCACCUUUCAAACGUUAUAAAAAUUCUACAUCAGUUUUACGUGCUUUAAUUUCAUGCGUACAACCUAUUCCAGAAGCUCCACAUUUUCAACUUGGUCCAGAUUAUACAUAUUUAUCAAUAUUUCGAACACGUUAUCAUUUGUUGGCUAGAGCAAAAGGACGUUUAGCUGCAAGAGUAUCUGCUAGAGACUUUUUUCCGAAUGAUAUUACAACUUUGAGCAAAGAGACUCCACGCAUAGAUCGUUGGGUACCAAUACAAACUCCCGAUGACAUAAUAAAACGUUCUGUCGAUGGAUCAUUAAGUAAUGAUGAAGCUAUGGAUCGAUUGAUUUUACUUCUGGCUCCUAAACAUUCAUGGAAAUUGUACAAUGAUAUAGCUCCUGAUCAUAAAUGGACACCAGAUACUUUGCAUCGUCUAUUAGAUCUCUUAUGUGUUACAAAUGGAGGUGAAGGUGGAUAUUAUUCUCAUUUACUCUUGGAUGAUUAUAAUUGGAGCAGUCUACCUGAUCCGGAUGAAGUUUAUCUUGCUGAUAACUUUAUGAUAUUCAAUAAAUCAAAUAAUGAUGCACAAAGUAUUACUGGACAAAAAGAUACAGAUAAUAAUGAGACUGUAGACAAAGUCGACGACAUCACCGAGGAUACUAUUGCCUCUCUAUCAAAACAUUCUAAUAUUUGGAAUAUACAAACCACUGCAGAAUGUUUAUUUCACAAAGAACAAACUACUUUAAACACACCACAAGCCUAUCGUAGUAUUAUUCGUGGAGCAGCUAGAUUUAAAAAUGCUGAUCGUGCUUUAGAAGUAGCAAAAAUUGCAUGGUCUUCAAAAUACGGUGACAGUUGUCUUGACAUUGUAACCUACAGCCUGCUAAUUCGUUCACUUCAUGGUUUAACCACUGUUAAAACAGGGGAAGAAAAUGUUUGGGAUGUGAUUUUGAAUGUAUUAGAACAUGUGAAAGCCUGUGGCGAGCCGAUAAAUAUUUCAAUCUAUACAAAUAUUCUGUACACUUUAGCCCAGACGACUGUGAUGUUGAAGUCAUCGCCAUCCUCUUCCCCUUCACCCAAUUACAAUUAUGUUCCAAUUGGUUUAGGCAUAUUAGGUGAAGUAAGACGAUUAAAUUUAAAACCAGAACUUGGUACCCUAGCCAAUUUACUGUUAUUAAUUUAUGAAACUCCAGUUCCUGUGAAUCAACAAUCACCGUCUAUCACUUCAAAAGAUGUUAUCAAUGAAAAGAGCGAGAAAAAAUCAUUAAUGAACCGACCUACAUAUGCAUCUUACAAGUGUUCUAAUUUAUUAAAUCAAUUUCUUGAUGAUUUAGAAGUCUACUUUAACAAUAAUGCUGCUAGUACUAUUACUGUCAAUAGAAAUUCAACGACAACAACAAGGAUUGCCGACACUAAUUGCGGUAGUUCACCGAAACGUUUCGAUGCAUGGACUAUUGAUGAUUACACAUUUUUUCCAAUAGCAAUGAAAUGUGCAUUGAAUGAAGUGAAUAUUGAAUUAGGCGAACGUAUUCAUCAGUUAUUAACGCAUUAUGAAGAUAGAACAUUUUUAUUCUCAAGUAGUAAAAUGAAAUAUCAUUAUACACAUGAUUAUUGUAAACUAAUGUUUUAUUAUGAAAAAUAUGAACAAAAGCCUAAUAGUCAUUUAGUUCAACGUUAUUAUAAUACUUAUUGUCAAUACUUUAAUGUUAUCAUUUCAUCAAAGCUGUUAGUUGAAUAUUUAAUCAAACGUUAUACAAAUAUGUUAAAAUUAUUCAAUGAUGUUGAUAAUAAUAAUAAUACUAAGAAAAAUCAACAAAAGAAAUUGCCCACACCAAAUCAACUACAAGAAAUUAAUGCAUUAAAAGCAACUGUAUAUAGUUAUUUAUGUAGACUAUUAGAUGAUAUAUUGAGCAUUGAAAUUCACUAUUAUCUACAAAAGUCAUUAGAUACUGUUGAACACUUGACAAACCUUCUAUGCGAUUAUGCUACAUUGAAUCCAGUGGAUGCAUUAAAUACAUCCACAAAAGUAUUACAUAUUUUUCAAAAGCUGGAUAAUGAUUUUCUAAAGUCAACAAAUACAAAUACAAAAAGCGAUUCUUCAGUUUCAUAUGAUAGUACAGGAGCACGCAUAGAUCGAUCAGCUGUAAAGAAUUAUAAACAGCUUGUAAAAAUGAAUCUAGGCAAUAGUGUAAGACUGGCUUUUCCAAUUAUUGAAACAUUUGCCUCGGUAUAUGAAAAUAAUAGUAGUAAUGAUAAAGGUAUACAAGAAGAUCGAUUAAUACAAAAGACAAAAUUAAUUGAUACACUACAUGAAUGGUUUAGUUAUGCUGAGAAAAAUCAUUUAAUAUCAUGGGAAUGGGCACCAAAAGCAUUGUCAAUUUUAUGGAAAGAAGAUGAAUUUUUGCAAACAGAUUUUAUGUGGAAUGUUAUACAACAGUUAGCUAAAAGCAGUGAUAAAUUCCUAGAUUGUGAUGCAGAUGAAAGAAAACUGUUAAGGCCAAUUCUAGACAUUUUGGAACAAUCAAUUUCAGUGAAAUCAUCAAGUGAUGAUAUUGAAUUUGCACAACGAUUAAAAUGGUUAAAGGUUGUCAGAACAGUUGUCGACAGGACGGAUGUUCAAGGUGAUGAAACACACGCACCUAGUGAGCAAAUGAAAAUACUGUCUUGA